GACUGCAAAGUGGGUAAGAAAAUCCUCUCACCAGCAGCUCAGGCCGUAAUCCCAGGCCUCUGCUCCUCUCCCCGGGGCCGCCCCAUUGGCGGCAGGGAUUGCGUUGGGGCCUGGAACACCAGCUCUCUGGCACCCCCGGACUGGGUGUAGGCCUGCUCAGCCCCCAUCACCUUCUCCCUUCUGCUGCCGGCAUUUCCCUACACGGAUUCUCAGCUCCUCCUUCCUCAGAUCUGGGUGACGCGGGCCUGGGAGCCAGCAGGGCCCAGUUCUAAAAAGCCAAGGCGCGCCGUGCAGGGAGCAGCGGGCACAGGACUUGUCCAUCUUGGGCAUCGGCCUCCCCCAGGCCUGGAGGAUGGGCAACGUGAUGGAGGGCAAGUCGGUGGAAGAGCUGAGCAGCACCGAGUGCCACCAGUGGUACAAGAAGUUCAUGACCGAGUGCCCCUCCGGCCAGCUCACCCUCUACGAGUUCCGCCAGUUCUUUGGCCUCAAGAACCUGAGCCCGUCGACCAGCCAGUACGUGGAGCAGAUGUUUGAGACCUUUGACUUCAACAAAGACGGCUACAUCGACUUCAUGGAGUACGUGGCGGCGCUCAGCCUGGUGCUCAAGGGCAAGGUGGAGCAGAAGCUGCGCUGGUACUUCAAGCUCUACGACGUCGACGGCAACGGAUGCAUCGACCGCGACGAGCUGCUCACCAUCAUCCGGGCCAUCCGAGCCAUUAACCCCUGCAGCGACUCCACCAUGAGCGCAGAGGAGUUCACCGACACCGUGUUCUCCAAGAUCGACAUCAAUGGGGAUGGGGAACUGUCCCUGGAGGAGUUCAUGGAGGGCGUCCAGAAGGACCAGAUGCUGCUGGACACGCUGACACGAAGCCUGGACCUUACCAGCAUUGUGCGCAGACUCCAGAGCGGCGAGCAAGACCAGGAAGGGGAGGGUGGUGGGGCGCCUGAGGCCGCCGGCUGAACCCGCUGCCCUGAUGCCUCUGUUGGGAGGGUGUGUGUGGUGGUUGUUUUUAUACCAGAUAAAGUCUACUGAACUCAAA